GUUGACGCAAACCGAAAGCAUUCAUGGGAACCAUGACAGCAGCAUAGUUACCAGCUCUCAGCAGCGUAGCUGCUGAACCUAAAGUCCAACGACAUUGGUAGCGUUGACGAGCUGAACUGUACAGAGUAAGACGUCGAAACGAAAACCUAACCGGAAGCUUCAACGCCUCAACCCUUUUCUCUGUUGUGUAACGGAAGCUGCGCGCGGAUCCAGGCGACUGUCUUGCGGCGGCGCAGCUGCUGCGAAUCACAGGCAGCAGUGACAGCCUGAAGGAUCCGCUGCCUGGAGGUCGUCAAUCUGCAGCUGCUGGAUUUCCGUGAACAAUGCCUGUGGACCUGCUGCCCGAGUGUCCUGCCCGUGUGGAUUACACUGCUCUAAACUUCUUGCUGCUAAAGAAAAUUUCCAAAAAUCCUUAAUGGUCGUUUCGUUUUAAGAGCAUAAAGUCUUAGGACUGCCAUGUAGGAGAGCUUUUCAUCCAGUAAAGGGCUAAUUAGAAAAAAAAAAAAGUAUCAGGUCUUGUAUCAAGCCUUCAGCCUACAACCAGGUGCCUUUUUCCUUCCCUGUCCCAGUACCAUGCUUGGUGCUCUUAUGCUGAAAAGAAACAUGUCCCAGAAGUUAGGUGCGCUCCUGCUGGUGUUCGGUUUGGUCUGGGGACUCAUGCUGCUGCGCUACACGGUGCAGCAGCCUCGCCGCCAAAGCAGUGCAGAGUUACGCGAGCAAAUACUGGAGCUCAGCCAGCGAUAUGUCCGAGUGCUUACUGAGGAAAACCAGAAUGCUCCUGGCGGACCGCAGGGAAACUCCAUGUCUGGUUAUGCCGAUCUGAAGAGGACUAUAGCUGUAUUGUUGGAUGACAUUCUGACACGUUUGGUCAGGCUGGAGGGCAAACUUGAACUGGUGGUUAAUGCCUCCUCCACAAACUCCUCCCACGCAGCUGGAGGCGUCCUUGCCCCUGCUCCUGAGGCCUUGCAGAAAGCGGCGAAGCCGGAAGCGCCUGAGACGUUGCACCUUAACCAGCCGAUCCGCAACAGGCCUCGACCGCAUUAAGGUUUUAUAUGAAGGCAAAUAUAUAAAAUAAGCAAUAUAGAUAUUUAUUGAAAUCCAGACUCUUCAAAUCUGGGACUCAUCUAAGAAAUAAUCCGUUAAAUUGAAAAAAAAAGUUAAAAAUGAAAGAGGAACUCCUUUUGUUUUACUGCUAAUCGUCACUCUGAACUCUUAUUUUUUUUUUUUUACAUUUGACUGCUUAAUUUCCUUUGCUUUUAUUAUCUUUUUUUUUAAUUUUACUAGAGACUGGAAGUCAAACAAAUAAAAGGCCUACAGCAAAACGUUAUAUUAGUUUUCAUCAUUUGAUAAAUUUGCUACAAUUCUAAAGCUAAAUUAAGUCUUGCUGGUUAGAAUUGGCACAUAGAUGAAGAAUUAGCCGGGUUCACUUUAGCUGUUCAAAUCAUUCAACAGAUGUAACCCGAGGAACAUGUUUGCACUUCAUUAAAGGCAAUAUAAAUGUCCUUGCUAUUGCUGUAGAGCUGAAAGGAAGGACACGUCACCCGUUUAGAGCCGCAAGCUCGAUACGGGUAGAGGUUCAUAUCUGGUGGGGGGUUUUGUGCCAUUUCUCCCUGUUUGGUGUUAAAUUGGGAUCAGCUAAAUGUAAAUGAAGAAUCUGAUCAUAAAUGGAAAAAACAAUUGAAAACAGUGUAAAACUCAAAAGUACACAUUGUAAACUUGAAGGAAAUAUUGAAAAUUUCAAAAAUAAAACUCAAUUUGAAAAAAUAUAUUUAAGACUUGAAAGAAAUAUUGAAAAUAUAAAAGAAAGUCACUCGCUGUCAAUCAUGUCCCAGUAGCCUAUGGGCUCAAAGCUCCACCCCCACAUAAAAUCAAGAUCAACUCGAGAAAAUGGAAAGUCUACAUUGAAAUUGUACAUUUAGGACCAAAGAGUCAGAGAAAUGGCAGCUUUUACAAAUAAACUUUUUCAUUUGGUAACAGUUAUACUUUUUUGAGUUUUUUUCAAUUCAAGUUUAAAAUUUCAAUUUAUUUUCCAAAUGUUGAUAUUUCUUUUAAGUUAAAAAUUCAUAUAUUUCAAAUUAAACUGUAUAAUUGUUCAAUGCCGUUUACAAUGUGUACUUUUCAGUUUAAGGUGGGGGUUGCUUUAUCCCAACAGCUCAGAUGAAGUUUUCUAACUGUUCAGAUUUUAUUUUUCUAAUUUACAUCGACUUCAAGCUGAUCCUGAUUUAACCCCACAUGCCUACUUUUUUUGAGGAGCACAGACAUGCUCACAUACUUGUGGUGGUGUUUUUUUGGGAAUCAUUUUGUGCAUGGUCAUUAUGUUUGUUUGCAUAAUGCCUAGUUUGCUAUAACACCUCCACAUAUCCCCUCUAGAGAAAGCAGCAUCAUUUUGUUACGAUGUUGUGAAGCACAGUGGACUUUCUCCUAUUCCAAAGAUGGGCAGUGAUCAAACACACAAACUGCUACAAACCCAGUCCUGGCUGGACAAGCUUUGAAACUUUGCCUUACGACGUGGGUCAGAAACUUCACUGUGUCUCGGGUCCUCUGAACGACGGCCGUCAUUGGUAUGAAAGAGUCUCAACUGUGAAUGUACUUCCUUUGCUAUGUUCAAGUGAUGUAUUAUAACUGGCUUUAAAAUAGCCUUACUAAUAAAUUUUUCUUCACUGAAA